AUGUCGAAUCAUUUGCUUCAGCACUCCCCCCUGUCACCCUCCGUUUAUUUAUCCAACGGUUCCCACUCGUCAACCACCACGUUUUCAGACCACACCGCAGGCGGUUGGCAGUGGCCCAAGUGGAGCUGUGAGCUGGAUGCCUUCUGCGAUUCCGCUAAAAGGGUUAUUCGUGACCUAGGCAGCGUAUUGCAGCCCGAACACCUCGCGCAAUUCGAGCUCGAGUACUUCCUGAGGAGAAGUAGUUCUGAUGCUGGGAUUGGUGGUGUGCUUGACAGCGACAACAACACCAGCAGCGGAGGUUAUCUCUCCGACGUUUCUUCCCUCGACCAUAAUCACGGACCCGCCGCACAACUGCUGUUCAUCAAUAACGAAGUCGAAUCGUCCUCGUCGUAUCUCCCGAGACGGGCGUCGCCUAGAUUUUCGGUGCAUACUGACAGCACGGUAUCGCUCGAGGCGGCCGCAUAUUUUACUGAUUCCGAAGGGGAGGAGGAGGAGUCUCCAGAGGGAAGGGGGAGACCCUGGGAUAGGGAUAUGGCUGGCACCAUGCUUGCAGCUUCGUCAAAGGAGAAAAAAAAAUCAAAGUCGGAAAAGAAAGAUAAGGAAAGGGAAAGGGAAAAAGAAAAGGAGAAGUCUGUGCGUAAGCAUGAGGACUCCGAACAUGAAGAUCGAGAGCAGAGGAGAGAGGCGCGGAGGAAGCGUAGAGCUGAGAGGGAAGAAAGAAAAGCUAGGGAAGCCCAGGAGGAAGCGGAGCGGGCAGAGCGAAAGCGAGAGAAGCAGGAACGACGGGAGCGGAAAGAGGAGAAGAAAAGCGUUGUGGGGACCAAAGAGAAAACAAUGCCAAAGAUAUCAGUUGAGCAGUUCAUUAAUCUCACGACAGAUCCCAUGAAAGAUCCCAUGAACGACCCCAGGAACGACCUCACGAAAGGUCCCAUGAAAGACCUCAAGAGAGACCCCAAGAAAAGUCCCAAGAAAGACUUCAUGGGGGACCGAUGGCCAUUGAAGCACCAAAGGAAUCUUCAAAAGAAAAACAUCGCCACCGAGAUCACCAUGAUCACUCGACUCCCGAAGCUCGCGCAAAUUGUAUACGAUGUCCGUGAAGCAGUUCGGACGGAAACUGUAAAAAAGAGCUCAAGAAGAAGGGUGGAGCCGGAAAGCGAAGACGAAACCAUCAUCGAAGCGAAAGAGAGGGUGAAGGAAGCUGUACAAGCUGCUGCUGCCGGUACUAAAGUGAAACCCGUGCUAGGUUUUGUUAUCGAGAAAAGGCCAGAAAAGCUUGUUGAGUGCGUUACCUGCCUCUCCGAUGAUGUACCGGUAAGAGAAGCAGCGAAGCUUUCCUGUGGACACUACUGGUGCAAUGAAUGUUUGAAACGGAUAUUCAUACUCUCUUUGACCGAUCCCGCACAUAUGCCUCCCAAGUGCUGCACAGACGAACAUGUUCCCUUGAAGCAUGUUGAUAAACUUCUCAACUAUGAGACAAAGAAGCUUUGGAACAAAAAAUACAUUGAAUACACAUCGUCAAAUCGUAUUUAUUGCCCGAAGCCAAAUUGUGGUGAAUGGAUACAACCGAAGGAGAUACACAAUAAUGUCGGGAAAUGCUCUCAGUGCAGAACGAAGGUUUGCGCAAUGUGUAAUGGGAAAGCUCAUGGCGAUGGGGAAUGUCCUAAGGAUGAGGAUUUAAUGAGAUUUAUCGAAAUAGCGAAGAAAAACAAGUUCCAGAGAUGCUAUAGCUGCAGGGCAAUGGUGGAACUGGAAAGGGGAUGCAAUCAUAUGACUUGUCGCUGCACCGCCGAGUUUUGCUACGUUUGCGGAGAUAAAUGGAAGACCUGUAAAUGCCCUUGGUUUAAUUACGAGCCUGACGAUGACGAAGAAUACGUUGUCCCUGUAUGGAAUGCCGAAGAGGGUGCAGCUGCAAUUCCAGCCAAUGUUGCUGAACGACGAGAACAAAGAGCCAGGGCUCGUGCUGAACAGCUUCGUCAAGAUGAAGAGCUUGCUAGACAAUUGGCUCAACAAGAAGGCUCACUGUCGCCAGGACUUCAUGGAGAUGAUGAAUAUUAUCUUCCGAGCCCAAUCCAAAUUGAUCCUCUCGCAGCGUUGGGUACCAUCGGAUCCGGUUUGAGGAACGGGAUUCGGCGAAUCGCCGCUGAUUAUGUCGAGACAGCUACACGCACAACUCCACAACCUCGCGGGACCCCACAGCCUCGCGGAACACCGCAACCAAGGUUGGAAAGGAGGAGAGUCGAGUCAGUUGCCAGAAUCACGCCCCGCACACGAAGUCGGGAGGAGAUUCGAGAAAACAUAUCCAAUCUCAUACAGGAGGUCGAGGAGCUUGAAGAGCGGAGUAGAACGCCUCACCGUCCUAGAGUCACUCGCACAGAGACCGCUCCCGAGACUCGGGAGCAGCCUUCCCAGAGAUCCCGACGACGGGAAUCUAUCAACCCAAGCCGAUACUUGAGUGGGGCACAACACGCAAAUAUCGAACAAUACCUUCGUGGAAUUAAUCUGGAGGAUCCUGAACCAGUCGCCCCUGGGCCACCUCUUCCAUCUCCGCAUGAACCCCGGGCUUUCACCCCCGGUGUCCCGGAGCUCCGACGCUCUCGCACCGAACGGAUUCCAAGACGACGAAGAGAGGAGGACUUUUCUCCAGAGUAUGCAUCUCAUUCUCCCGUCUCGACAAUCGAUCGUGCGAGCAGGAUAGGAACAGAGAGCAGGAUUGGGACAGAGAGUAGAUUAGGGACGGAAAGCAGGCUUGGGACGGAGAUUAGUAGAGUGGGAACGGAGAGCACCAGAGUAGGGACUGAAACUACCUAUGCCGCCCGUAGACCCUCUAUCAGCGGAAAUUUGAUGGACCAUCGCUGGAGACAGCAGCACUCGGGAUACCAGAGCCGAAUGCCAGUGGAGACAAAUAUUGGAGGAUGGAGGGGUAGUGAAAAUCGCGGUUACUGA